CCAAAACCAUAAUAGUAUAUUUUUUAACAUCUCUCUCUCAAAAAAAGAAAAUAGUAUAUUUUUUAAAAUAAAUAAAUAAAAGAAAAAAAAGAAAUGCCGCGUGGACUGGAGAAGGCGACUUUAUUUCCAUCUCCCGCUGUUUUCGAAUUCUCUUUUUAAAUUUGUUUAAUAGACCGUAGACAAGUCCAAAAGUCCAACCUUUUUAUUUCUCCAUCUAAAUAAUAAUUAACAAAAUCAUAAACAAAAUUAUAUUUCUCUCUCUAACAUUUCAUUGUCUCUGUUACUAUAUCACAUUCCUUUACUGCCAAGACAAAGCUAUCAUUUUUUUUUAAUAAAUAAAUAAAUUUUGUGAUAUGAGCUUAUUCUAAUCCUUUACCUUUCCGUACAGUCCUAGGUUAAAUUGGUCUCUCAGAUUACUUCUGUGUCCAUUUGUUUUUUCAUCUGUCUAGAAUUGAUUAACCUCCUCUGUAACCAUGGCUGGUCGCUAUGAUCACAACCCUUUUGCCGAAGAAGAAGAAGAAGUCAACCCUUUCUCGAAUCCUGGAACUGCUGCGACAGCCAAUAACUCAAGGUUAUCUCCUCUCCCUCCUGAGCCUGUUGAUUUCAAUUAUGGCAGAGGUUCCACAGUUGAUAUCCCUAUGGAUUCGACUAAGGAUUUGAGAAAGAAAGAGAAGGAACUCCAAGCAAAAGAAGCUGAAUUGAGAAGGCGUGAGCAGGAUCUAAGACGGAGAGAAGAAGCUGCAGCUCGGGCUGGAAUAGUUAUUGAGGAGAAAAAUUGGCCACCUUUCUUUCCAAUAAUUCAUCAUGAUAUUGGAAACGAAAUACCAAUACACUUACAGAAAAUGCAGUAUCUUGCAUUCUCAACAUGGUUAGGAUUGACAGUUUGCCUUGUCUGGAAUAUCGUAGCAGUUACAACAGCAUGGAUUAAAGGAGAAGGGGUGAAGAUUUGGUUCUUAGCUCUUAUCUACUUCAUAUCAGGGGUCCCAGGUUCUUAUGUGCUGUGGUACCGUCCAUUAUACCGUGCUUUUAGGACUGAAAGUGCUUUUAAGUUUGGAUGGUUUUUCUUGUUUUAUCUGCUUCAUAUCGGCUUCUGCAUCUUCUCUGCGGUUGCUCCUCCUAUUGUUUUCAAAGGAAAAUCUCUCACUGGUAUUCUUCCUGCAAUUGAUCUUAUUGGGGGGAAUGCUUUGGUUGGGAUCUUUUACUUCAUCGGGUUUGGCUUGUUUUGCUUGGAGUCUUUAGUCAGUGUCUGGGUUAUUCAGCAAGUAUACAUGUACUUCCGAGGGAGUGGUAAGGCUGCUGAGAUGAAGCGAGAAGCUGCAAGAGAAGCCAUGAGGGCAGCACUAUGAAGCAAUUCACAUUCACCAGCUGAGCUGUGCUGCUAUGCUAGUCUUUGAAAAUGGAAUGAAAUUAGAUUGUAUAUGCACUCACUAUGCGUUGCCCUUAGUCGUAGCCAUACAAAUGUUUGUUUGCUGCUUUUGUUCAUAUUUGUUCAUCACAAUGACACCGAUUCUUACAUACAUACUAUAGUUGGUUUUUGCUA